AUGGGAAAGUCAACCAAGGACAAACGCGACAUUUACUACCGUCAGGGAAAGUCAGAGGGCUACCGUGCGCGCUCCGCGUACAAGCUACUUCAUCUCAAUGAACAGUACGGCUUUCUAGGCGGCGCUGAGGAUUACGCUCUCGACGCUGGAGCCGCCUCGACAUGCGCGUCCUCAUCCGACUCUGCCAACGCGCCCAAAACGACAUCUGAAAAGCGCUUUCAAACACCAACCAGGGUUGUCGAUCUAUGCGCCGCACCUGGAUCUUGGUCACAGGUUCUCUCACGACGUCUAGCCUCUGUCCCUGGCUCUCAUCUUGUUGCUGUCGAUCUGCAAGCCAUGGCGCCUCUUCCCGGCGUAACACAGAUCAUCGGCGAUAUUACCACUCCCGCAACAGCUGAUGCUGUCAGCACCGCCCUCUCUGAUGGGCCUUUGUCGAAUUCAACGUGCGUCAAAGGCAAAGGCAAGGGCAAAGCGCGAGCUCAACUUAUUGUCUGCGAUGGCGCACCCGACGUGACCGGCUUACACGAUCUAGACGAAUACCUGCAAUCCCAACUUCUUCUAGCUGCCACGCAAAUAACUUUCCGCCUGCUCGAAAUAGGCGGCACAUUCGUAGCCAAAAUCUUCACCCAACACCCGCAGGCCGGGCUGGGAGCCUCGUUGGGCAACAUGGAUCUCAAAGCUGCUAGGCCCGCCACUUCCGGUGCAUUGCUUGCCGAUCAGCUUCGUACUUUUUUUGACCGCGUCGAUAUCGCCAAGCCACGAAGCUCAAGAUUGGGUAGUGUGGAGCAUUUCCUCGUCUGUCUUGGCUUCAAGCCUCCGCAAAAUUUACCGGCUGGUCUUGUGGGCAGUCUCGCCGGGACAUUGUCGUCUACUUCGACAGAGGAAGAAGCGAGAGACGAUCUCGUUCGGUAUGCUCAGAAGCUCAGAUCGGAGCUUCAAAGACCCGAUGUACCGACUUCAGGUAUGGCACAAUCGAAAAGGGAACUUUCAGCGAUACUCUCAUUCGUAGUACACGGCGACUUGAGCGGGUUCGAUCAGUAG